AUGAGCAGCAAGGCUGAGACCCAGCACCCGCCCACCACCGCCCCCCACCCCGUAGGCCCCGCCCUCAGCACUGCCCACACCAAGCCCGGCACCACGGGCAGCCUCACAUCAGCGGCGCCUGCCGGCGGGGACAAGAAGCUCAUCACAACAAAGGUUUUGGGAACAGUAAAAUGGUUCAAUGUAAGAAAUGGAUCUGGUUUCAUCAACAGGAAUGACACCAAGGAAGAUGUAUUUGUACACCAGACUGCCGUAAAGAAGGAUAACCCCAGGAAGUACCCUGGCAGUGUAGGAGAUGGAGAGACUGUGGAGUCUGAUGUGGCUGAAGGAGAAAAGGGUGCGGAGGCAGCAAAUGUGACAGGCCCGGGUGGAGUUCCAGUGCAAGGCAGUAAAUACGCAGCAGACCGUAACCAGUAUAGAUGCUAUCCACGUCGCAGGGGUCCUCCACACAAUUACCAGCAGAAUUACCAGAACAGUGAGAGUGCGGAAAAGAACAAGGGAUCGGAAAGCGCUCCCGAAGGCCAGGCGCAACCGCGCCGGCCCUACCGCAGGCGACGCUUCCCACCUUACUACAUGCGGAGACCCUAUGGGCGUCGACCACCGUAUUCCAACCCUCCUGUGCAGGGAGAAGUGAUGGAAGGUGCUGAUAACCAGGGUGCAGAACAAGGUAGACCAGUGAGACAGAAUAUGUACCGGGGUUAUAGACCACGAUUCCGCAGGGGUCCUCCUCGCCAAAGACAGCCUAGAGAGGACGGCAAUGAGGAAGAUAAGGAAAAUCAAGGAGAUGAGAACCAAGGUCAGCAGCCACCUCAACGUCGGUACUGCCGCGACUUCAAUUACCGACGCAGACGCCCAGAAAACCCUAAACCACAAGAUGGCCAAGAGACAAAAGCAGCCGAUCCACCAGCUGAGAAGUCGUCCACUUCCGAGGCUAAGCCGGACGGGGCUGAGUAA